GAUACGUCUCCACUUCAUGCAUGGAUAUUGAUACCAGUUCAAUUUUAUUUUUUUCUUAAAGCAGACGUAUAUAAAGCGGAAACGAGCAGAGACGUCUUUUCAUAUGGCCUCAAGUGCAAGCGAGAUGUUUUUUGAGUGCAUCCGUGUUUUUGUUACUGCGCUAUUUGUUAGUCAGUUUUGUGUUGCACAGUUUCUUCAUUAUAACAAUGAACAAGUAAAUCCUCCAGUGCCAUUCCCAGCAUGUCGUGCUGAUAACAUCGACUGCUUGCGUCGGGGACUGCGCACAUUUUUCUACCUAAUGGACAGCGGUCGCGUUGGGAUGACCCCCGUUGACCCUACCAUCGUUAACAGUGUUGCCAUAUCGCUGCCAGAGGAACAAAUGUCGUUCUUACUGAGAAGAGCCAACGUUACCGGCGCGCGGUGGACUCGUUUGGCGGACAGGAAAUUUAACUUAGAGGGCGGAAAAAAUGGGGUCACCUUCAAUAGCGAUCUGCAUGUAACAGGAGAAAUAUAUUUGACCACAGGAGCUAGAAUUGAUCCGUAUGCCGCUUUCAUCACCAUGGAUAUCGAUAACGUUGAGACCAAUAUAACUUACGACUGGAGAAGUGAAAGAGGCAUAAACAAUGAAGAAUAUCUCCUAAUUGGACCGGAAAGGAUCGCUGUAAGAAACAUGCGGCUGCCUACAUAUUUUAUACAACCAAAUUCCGAAGAUGCACAACAAAUAGACGUUGCUUUGCAAUCCAAACAAUCAAUUCUGGACCACAUCUCUAAUGAAAUUACUACAGCCGUUAUGCACACUAUUGUUGACAAUUUUAGAAUAUUUGGCAGCAAUGUACCAGUAAAAUAUUAUUAUAAAUAUAUUUAAAUUUUCGUGUAUUUCUCUAUU